GCAAAAGCUUGAAAUUUUCUGUACACAGGUCCAGCCUUCUCGCCAGCAUGAGUUCCUACCAGCAGAAGCAGCCCCACCACCCACCAUCCCAGCUUGAGCAACAGCAAGUGAAACAACCCUGCCAGCCUCCGCCCCAAGAGCCAUUUGUUCCCACAACCAAGGAGCCGUGCCACACCAAAGUCCCACAGCCCGGCCACUCCCACUACCCGGAACCAGGCCAUCCUACCUUCCCUGGACAGGGUCACACCAAGCCUCCUCAACCUGUCUACCCUGAAGUCCCUCAGCCGGGCCAAACCAAGCUUCCUCAACCUGGCUACCCCAAGGUGCCUCAGCCUGGCCACCCCAAUGUUCCAGAGCCAUGCAACCCCCAAUAUCCUGAGCCAGGCCAUUCUAAAAACCCUGGCCAGGGUCACACCAAGUUUCCUGAGCCAGUCCACCCUCACCCUCACCCUGGCCACACCAAGGUGCCUCAGCCUGGCCACCCCAAUGUUCCAGAGCCAUGCAACCCCCAGUAUCCUGAGCCAGGCCAUCCUAAAAACCCUGGCCAGGGUCACACCAAGUUUCCUGAGCCAGUCCACCCUCACCCUCAUCCCGGCCACACCAAGGUGCCUCAGCCUGGUCACACCAAAGUCCCAGGGUCAGGCACCUCUACAGUGUAUCCUGACGCAGGCCAUCUGAAGACCAAACAUCAGUAAUGUUUGCAACCAUGCCCUUGAGUGCACCAGUGGAUUCUGACCCCCUUCUCACUUUUGAAUUCUAUGCCUUCAUUUGUCUGUAGACUUUUCAGUAUUGUUCUUACCCUUCUGAUGUAUUCUUUUGAUUCUCUAAGAUAUGCAGUAGGUUUUAUUGUACUUGAUAGUCUCUGCUAUAUAGCUUCAAUUGGAGAGGGAAUCCAUAAGGGAAGAGAAUCUCAUUUGCUGCUCUUUACUCAUAAAAUCACCUUUA